UCGCUGUUGCCGCCGCUGCUCAGUGCGCGCAGGGCGAGAGCGAGGAGGAGACGCCAGACCCGAGCGGCUGGGCACCAUUGAAGUCUGUAUCCUUCUCUCUCUCCCUCUUUCUCUCGCUGCAGCCGCCUCUUAAUCCCCCCCUCUUCUCCCCCUCACCCCCGACUCCCGUUCCUUCUGCGCCCCAAGGCCUCGCCUGCGGGCCGCCGCGGAUCGAUGCGGGCACAGCCCGCCCGCCUUCCCCCCCCCACCCCGUCAGUACACUGCCGCUUCCUUGGCGGCGGGGGGUAACGGGCGGAGCAGGGCUGCCGGGGGGGCAGCCGUGGCCCCGGCGGUUGCUGGCCCGCACCGGAGGGAAGGAAGGGAGGGAGGGCCCCGGGGAUAGCGGGCUUUGCCGCGGGAAGGAGGGUUGCGCCGGGGGGCGGGGGCAGCGGCACCCGCGCGGCGGCGGACACGCUCGGGAGACAAAGCCAGCCCGCCACUGCCGAGGGGCGGCCCCCGCGGCCGGGCGGCCCCCGCUCCGGCGUGUGCCGGGCCCGGGGGAAACGUGGCGGGGUGGGGGAGGCGGUGUGGAAGGGGGCCCUGGCGGCGGGGGCGCGGCUGCCCGGGGCGGGAGCGGCGGGCCUCUUCCCCCGGCCCUCGCCGUGUGGCGGCGGGUCGGCCCCGCGCCGCCCGGGGCAGCCCCUUUAGCGCGCCCGCGGCGUCCCCGCCGGCCUCACGUGCGCCCGCCACACGCCCGAGGCGCGGCCUCCCGCGGCAGGCCUCCUCCCUCCGCAGGGCUGCCUCCGUCUUGUGGUGGGGAUGGCGCGGGGGGGGGGGUUGGGGGGGGGUGUUGUUAUUAUUACUAUUGUUGUUUCUUUCCCCCUGUUUCCUGCCUUCGAACGGGGACAAACCAAGCCCCUCUGCACUGGGGCCUUUGCCCCUGCCCUUCACCCCCCUCACCUACCCCCCCCAGCCUAUGGGGCUGCCAAAAUCCACCUCCCGUGUCAGGGGAGAAUUGGGGGAGGAUUGCUGAAUCCGGGAGGUUUCCUGGCCUUGAAGGACUCUCUCUUUUGCCUUACCCAGGCAUAUGGGGAAUUCUAACAGUUCUAUAGUUUGCAGUGGGGCGGGGACAAUACAUGCCUAAGGAGGUGGCCAGUAUGAGAAAUGACAUGGAAAAGGGGAUGGAUUCUGUUCAACAUCAUUCGUGUAGGUUGAAUAUGUAGUAUGUACAGCUUAGCUGAGUUAAUAUUGCUCUAGGACCUUAAUUCUUGCAAGCUUGAGAAUCAGAAGGCAACGUUACAGUUGCAUUAAGAUAAAUAUUUUCUGUUUGUAAGAAUUUACUACUAUGUAAGAGUAAUGGGUGACUCAUUAUUACACCACAGAUAUGUAGCUGCUCCCCACCAGAAAUAUACCUAGUAUACCUAGGUAUAUCUCAAUUAAAUGCUAGAAUCUGAACUCCUAUUUUAUUGGGUUUAAGGAAAUAAGCAUCCCUGAUGGUCCUCCCCCUUUUCCCUUGAAACAUCUCUGUGCCUUAGAAGGCCUUGGGGAAAAAUCCUUUUUUCAACCGUAUAUACCACUUUGUCAUAUCAUUUAUCCUGGCUACCAUAAUGGUGCAUUACUGGGUUAUGCCAGACGAAGUAGUAACCUACUUUUUGUUCUGGAUUUAAUCCUUAUUAGAAAUGUUAUAUGCAGUGAUUACAUGGGGGUUGGAACAAGGACCAUGCUUGUAUUGGGAUGCCUUUCUUUGAGUAAUGUAAACUUCCUUUUAAUUGUCAUGCAUUUUUCUAGUAAAAGCUCUGCAAGUCUGCAAUAAAAAUGGCCUCCAAUAAAACUACAUUGGUAAGUUCAUGCACACCUAAAGUAUGUAAGGAUUUAAUCAACAUAUUUUUCUUCAGACUUAUAACUUGGCAUCUCCAUUUAAAAGAUACAUCCACAUCUCCCCUCCCCAGCAUUAUUCUGACCAAAAUUUCAGAUCCAGAAAGUAAGGCUAUUAGAAAGGACAUUGUCUUUGGCUUUAAUAAAUCUGCCAUUUCUAAAGAGACUUCUUGGGAAAAAAUAUUAAAGGACUGCACUGUUUCAUCUGUUCUACAAUAGAAAACACCAAGGAUUUUUUUUUUUUCUUUUCGAUUCCUUUCAGCACACCAUGUAAUUCAUCAUAUUUGUAAAAAAUAAUAUCCAAGUCAUGUAUUCAUUUAAUUUCUCCCAGUGUAGUUGGGGAAAAUUAAUUGCCUGAAGAAGGCAGUCUCUACAGAUGAAAAAUAACAUUAUUGGGAAAUGAUGUGGCGUAGUUAAGAUGCCUUUUGAAAUGAUUUUUAACAAAUAACAGUUUCUUUGAAUUUCAUAGGAGCAGAGAUUAUCAGAUGUCAACCCCUCCUGGACCGUUUUAAUGAUGCAUUCAUGGAUCUCAAGUCCUGUAAAGCUUUGCUUGGCAUUAAAAUACGGACUUCUAAGGGCAGUUGGUUGCUGGUUGCCAUUCAGCUGAUAAUGAUAUAGUUUUGUGAGAGACAGAACUGAAAAAGUGUAGUGUGAGAUGCAUCUGAGGUUGAGGUGGGGAAGUAAGCUCAAAUACACAUGUACAAUUCAAAAUUUGGAUAGCAGAACAACUGAUUCGUAGUGCUCUCAAAAGGCCUGUUCUUAAGUUUGCUGAAAUGGUUACUGGUUGACCCAAAUAGAGAUACAUUAAAGACUUGUAUUAACUCCUGGCUUAAAAGUGCAAUGGAGUGCUUCCUUUAUACUGCACGAUAAGAAACUAUUUUAAAAGAUUUCACCACGGUCAAUGUCUGAACUUCCUGUUAGUGGUUGAUUGCCCAGUUCUCCCUAAUUUGAGGAAGAGAAGGAGUCAGCCAGCUUGGGGAGGGGGUGCCUCAGGGAAAGGAAAGAGUCUGUGAAUGCAGUAUUUUUAAUCUUUUGAUGUUUACAGAAAAAUUUUGCUGCACAGGUCAGGAAAGGCAGUUAUGGUUCCCAUGGGAACUGUAACUAAUUUUGCUUCAUUAUGUAUUUGCAUGCAAAACCUAAAUGUAUUAGGGGAUAGCAUAGCUCUGGAACUGUAAUUCCUAUUUUGUAACCUUCUGUGUGUUAAAACCCUUCACCACAGUGUCACAUCAAUGUUAUAAUCGUGCCCCUUAGAGAAAGAGUGAUUAGCCACAGACCUGCAACCGUCAUACGUGACUUUGGAAUGCAGGAAGGGAAAUGGGCCACAGAGGAUCAUUCAGUGGUCAAAUGCCCAACUUGCAGCUUACAACAUGUGACCCUAGAGAGGGAAGCUUCAGGGGUCUAGUGGACACUUCAGUCAUUAUCAGUGAGAUUUACAUUGGCUUGUGUAAUCUCAGAAUGUACAGGUUUUUAACAAAUGUUCAGUAUUUCUGCAGGCUCUGCAAUCAAGUAUUACUUUAAUAGGUUGGAAAGGCUCAAGAGUUCGGAAAACAGUGCUGAUGUACACAAGAGCUAAUUGAAUCUCUUAAUAUUUAAAACAAAAAGCAACAUACUCUCAAUUUUGUUAUUUCUUACUGCACUUCAAGAAAAAAAUAAAGAUCCCCAUGACAUGCAUUUUCUUCUGUGGAAGACUCUCUAGAUACUUAAGUCUCAGAAAGUAAAAAAAAAAAAAAAAAAUAAUGUUGCUUUGAUACAGAAAUCCAAAACAUUUAUCUUUAAGUGACAAGAAUUAGUGAAGCCGAAAAGCGUACCAGAAAACAAUCUUCCAUUGAAUCAAAGAAUUUUAGUGCAACGGAGAACACAGAUGGAGAUAUUCCCCACUUGUAGCCUGCUUGCCUCAUCACCACACAAAAUGGGAAAGAAACAGAAUGGCAAAGGUAAAAAAGUUGAAGAGGCAGAGCCUGAAGAAUUUGUUGUGGAAAAAGUCCUGGACAGACGUGUUGUAAAUGGAAAGGUGGAAUACUACUUGAAGUGGAAAGGAUUUACAGAUGCUGACAACACAUGGGAACCUGAAGAAAACUUAGAUUGUCCAGAGCUAAUCGAAGCUUUUCUGAAUUCUCAGAAAGCUGGUAAAGAAAAAACAGAUGGUGCCAAAAGAAAAUCUUUGUCAGAUAGCGAAUCUGAUGAUAGUAAAUCAAAGAAAAAGCGUGACGCUGUUGAUAAACCAAGAGGAUUUGCAAGGGGUCUUGAUCCUGAGCGGAUAAUUGGGGCUACAGAUAGCAGUGGAGAGCUUAUGUUCCUCAUGAAAUGGAAAGACUCUGAUGAGGCAGAUCUGGUGCUGGCCAAAGAAGCUAACGUGAAGUGUCCUCAGAUUGUAAUCGCUUUUUAUGAAGAGCGGCUAACUUGGCAUUCAUGCCCAGAAGAUGAAGCACAAUAAUUAGUUGCAUUGCUUUUUUAUAUAUAUGAAUAUUAAACCCGGAAAUUUGAUUUAUUAGCAAUGUGAGAAACAUACAUUCUAACAGGAAUCAAAUUUGAUAUUUUUUUGAAGUAGUAUGUUUUGCAUCAACAGCAAGUAAAUAAAAGCUUUCUGCGACUUGUUUCAUUUAUCACAAGAGAGCAUUUGAUACUACUACUUCCUCCAUAUUAGGUAAAAGCUUUUAUAAAACAUUCAUAAACUUCCAUAGUUAUUAAAGAAUCAUAAUGAAUGUUUAAACAAACUCACAGAUGUUUUGUAGUCUUCUAUAUUAUUGAUGUGCAUGUAUCUCCUUUACCCAAACCUAGCCCUUUAAACCUGUAGAAUCAUUCUUUUUAGUAUUUGGGAUCACCUGGUCUCCAGAAAACCAGGUGAAAACUAACUUUGUAGUAAUUUGAAUGUUAUCAGACUGUAUAUUGUUUACUUUAUUGUAAAUACUGGUGAACAGUGGUCAAUAAAAUAGUUUUAUAUUCUUCCUUUAUACUGAUAGGCUGUGACUCUUUUGAAGCGGUAUGAUAUUUCUGAACUUUUGAUAUGUUUAGCUCUCAAUUUGUAAUAUAUUUAACUGUAAAUUGGUUUUUUUUUGGGGGGGUAGAUCGAUUAAUGAAUAUUGGCCUGUUGCUACUCUGUAGUCACAAUACCAGACAAAUACCAGGCUUUGGUUCUUUGUAUUUUUUCAGUGAAUAAUGCCUGAGGCAUAGGGGGUUUUCAGUCAGGAAAGGCCUGUGAAGUGAAUGUGCUUUGGGUACGUGUUUAAGCCACAGAUAGCAAACAUACUGCUUGAGUAUGGCUGUUGGUCCACAAGCCUGAGUGGCCUGUGCAGGUAUACUGGGAAAUAUCUAACCUGUGUUGACAGUAUCAGCCUUGCUUUAAUUUCAGUGUUAAUACCAGGCUGAACGGUAACUAGCAGUGGUGUUGAUGGAAUUAUUCUUUAGGUGAUAGCUUAAAGAAUACUUACAUAGCUCUGCCUUUAAAGGGGAGUAUUUUAAUGAAGUUACUUAAGUCAUAGACUUUAAACAAAAGGCUUUGUUUCUGUUUCAGAUUGAAUUUUAAAAUUAGUUCUAUAAUCAGCUGCUUGGAGAAUGCCUUCAGAAGGGCAGAAGUAAAGGGUGGGGAACUCAGGAGGAAGAAAGUUGGAUUUUUUUCAUUCUUUAUCCAGCUGCCAUUCCUCUUUUUACUUGUUUUCAUCUAAAACACCUUUUUGUGUUUUGACUGCAUUGAUACAGUUUGUCUUGAGCCGUGCCUCUCCAUAUGUCAAUGGCCAAGCUUGUUUCAGAAUUCCCCUUAAUCUAGAGUUUUGACUAAAAAAAAAAAUCCUGUAAUAUGCUACUGUCAAUGUCAGAGAAUCACAGAAUGGUUUGGGUUGGAAAGGACCUUAAAGAUGAUCUAGUUCCAACCCCCUGCCAUGGGCAGAGACACCUUCCACUAGAGCAGGUUGCUCCAAGCCCCAUCCAACCUGGCCUUGAACACUGCCAGGGAUGGGGCAGCCACAGCUUCUCUGGGCAACCUGUGCCAGCGCCUCACCACCCUCACAGUAAAGAACUUCCCUAUAUCCAAUCUAAACCUCCCCUCUUUCAAGUUUAAAGCCAUUCUCUCUUGUCCUAUCCCAACAUGCCCUUGUAAAAAGUCUCUCCGGCUUGCUUGUAGGCUGCUUUUUGGCACUGGAAGGCAGCUGUAAGAUCUUCCCAGAGCCACCUUCAGGCUGAACAAGUGCAGCUCUCAGUCUGUCUUCGCAGGAGAGGUGUUCCAGCCUUCCGAUCAUCUUUGUGGCCCUCUCGACUUUCAGAGUCCUAGGUGAGACAGUUAAGCCUGCCCAGCGAUGUUUUCCUAUAAGGUUAAAAGAAGAUGGGUAUUCCUGGAACCCUCCUGCUGAGGAGUGAAUGAAGGAAUUUGAUCUGUGCUCGAUGUUCUUUCGAUACUGUUUCACAAAUCAUUACUAUUAACUAUUUGUCCUCACAUAGUUUACAAAACAUUUACAUUGUGAAUCAAAGUAUGUCACUGUAAAACAAUUACAGUUGAACACUGCAGUGGCUAAACUGAUGCUAAGUUACCUUUUUUGUGUAACUGCUUUGUCUUGUCAUUUUUUUAUUACUGAGUUUGGGCAGAAUUCAGUCGCUGUUUGUGGCUCUAGGAAAAAUCUGGUAUUCCUGUUAGUGUGGAGGUUCCCUUGUAUCAGGUAAUGCUAAUUUCAGAGCUUAGCCUGUUCCUUAGACUAAUUACCCCAACAUAUGAGUUAAAUCAUCUGCAGAGUUAGGGCUUAAUUCUUCCAGGACUGUAAUAGAAAUAUUGAUACACCUAGUGUUUAGGAUUCUGAAAUCCGUGGUUUUUACCCAGUAGCUUGAGAAAUCACUGGCUAAACAAGAAUUCCAAAGCAGCUUGUUUUUUCCUGCUUGCUUCUUCCAGUAUGAAGUGCUUUUUAAGGAGUCUUAGAACUGUUACUCUCAGUUUGCAUUUUAUCAUCUGAAACUUUGCAGUUCCUAUACUUUUUUGGGUUUUUUUAAGUGUGUAUAUCAAGUUUAUAUGAAGUUGCUGAUUUGAAGUGAUACAGGUGAACCAGUUGGUUUAAAUUAUCGGUUAUUGUAAGUGGUAGGCAUAGAGGUUUUUCUUGAAAGGUUGAUCCUCAAUUUGUAACCUUUAAAAUAUAGAAUUGCAACAAGAUACAGUUUUUACGUUAUAUAGGUUCUUCCUUCUGGCUCUCUGUAAAAAUGCACUGUAUUCACAUUUAAUUUUACAGCUUGUUAGACAAUUAAUUACAUUUCCAAAUUUUUACAUUAUGAUGGUAGAAAUGCUGACUGGUAUUUGUUUCCUUUUUUGUCCUCCUCACUUUGUGUCAAACUGCAUUUUGGUAGUAAUGAAAUGCAACACUUUAAGGUUAUAAGUUCUGUAAAAUUAUGCUGAAUGUGCUGCAUACAUAUGCAAGAAGUUAACAAAUGUUAUUAAUUUAAAAUUAACUGAUUAAAUAAAUGAGAUAUCUUCUGUAGUUAGUGA